CUCUCACCACUCUCCGAUGGCGCCGAAGAAGACGCCGAAGGGCAAGUCGGCCUUCUUCGGCGUGAGGCAGAAGCCCUCUGGUAACUUCGGAGUGGAGUUCUCUGACGCCGGGAGGCGUUGGUGGAUCGGCACGUACCCCUCCGCCCACGAGGCCGCGCGUGCCUACGACGUGGCGGUGUGGCGUGCCGAGAGGCCUCGGGAGCACCUCAACUUCCCAGAGAUCAAGAGUCAGGCGGAAGCGGAGAUGCUUGUGCCGCAGGGCAUCAAGAUGAAGGAGAUCCCGACGAAGAAGAAGACGAUGAAGAAGCCGUCGGUUGUCGUUAGUGUUGGCGAGACCGACAAGGAGGCAAUAGCGAGGUUUGCUCGGGAGCAUCCGGAGUACGUCCAGGCCAAACUGGAGUACUACUGGAAGCGUGAGGAGGAGCAGAAGAAGAAGGGGGCGAAGAAGGAGGACGAGGCCGGUCCCUCGACGAUGAUCCCCAUCGAGUCCUCUUCCGAGGAGGAUUGGGCAGACUUCUCGGAGGAGGAUGAGGAGGGAUGCGACGACCCGGAGAAGGAGGAGUUCUGGGCGUAGUUCCGCAGCUCCGACGAUGAGGAGUAGUUUAUCUAGUAGUUUGAAUAAGUAGUAGCUGAAGUUCAUGUAUGGAACUAUGUUGAAUUUGAUGUUUGAACUAUGUUGAAUGGACUAGUAAUU